GAAGCCCGGCGGAAUACGGCGUAUGUAAUCAAGCUUGUCCCCGUCCCUAUAUUCCCCACCGUGGACUUCGAACACCUCGAAGCGCAGCCAGACUCCGGUAGUGAUUUACCCUCGUCUCUCUGUUUUCAGCCCAUUCACUCAACAUGGCCUCGUUGAAAGGACCCGGAGCUGCCGAAACCUAUGACGGUGAGAAGUUUCUGAUCCUACUCUGGCGUCCCUCUCGCCCACUCGCUUACCCCUCACCGCUGUGUAGGUUCGGGCCUGAGGAUUGCGAUCGUUCACGCCCGAUGGAACAUGGGCAUCAUUGGACCUCUUCUUGAAGGGGCCAAGAAAAGUCUGCUCGCUGCCGGUGUAACGGACGAGAACAUCACGACUCUCACCGUUCCCGGCAGCUACGAACUCCCUUUUGCGGCCCAGCGUCUCUACGCUGCUUCCCAGCUCCAGGCUGCCAAGGGCUCCUCUUCCGCUGGAGGGAUCAGUGCCACCGACCUCCUGUCCUCCUCCACCGCGGACCUCAGCAAGUCGUCACCCCAGUCGCCCGCCCCGGUUGCGACCCGCCCCUUUGAUGCCAUCAUCACCAUCGGUGUUUUGAUCAAAGGCGAGACGAUGCAUUUUGAAUACAUCGCAGAUGCCGUGUCCCACGGAUUAAUGCGUGUUCAAUUAGAAACCGGGGUCCCCGUUAUCUUUGGGGUUCUUACCGUGCUUAACGAAGAGCAGGGUCUGGAACGGGCUGGUCUCGGCACGAAGGGCAUGCACAAUCAUGGAGAGGAUUGGGGCAAUGCCGCCGUCGAACUCGGGGCCAAAAGGAGAGACUGGGCUGAAGGCCGGAUCGUUUAGGAACGAUAUCCGCUUCCCCCCAAACUACGCAGGGCAGACGGGAGUGCGUG